ACUGUGGAGAAGACCUAGCCGCUCCUCCUCCCGCACUCGUGCCGCCCCCUUUCAUCUUCCUCCUGCCUCACCUCUCUCUCCUUCUCGACCCGCGCCCGCGACCCUCGUCCCGCCGCCGCCGCUGCCGGGACCCUCGUCCCUCUUCUCGCCGUCGCCUCCGCCGCCGAGCAGUGAGCGAGAGUAGCGAGAGGAACAACGAGCCAGCGAGCAGCCAGCCUUUCAUGGCCUCCGCCCUCUCUCUCUUCCCCACCCCUCUCCCCUCACCACAAGAGAAGAGAGGCAGGGAGAUUGACAAGCAGAUCAGGCGGCGACCGGCCAUGGGACGGGAGGGCGCCCAGAUCCAUCCGCCCCGAUCCGGCCAUGGGACUAGACUCAAAAUCGAGAGCAAGCCGCCGUGUGUCUCCUUCCUUCUGCUUGAUGGGGCCAUGCCUAGGAGGAAGGAAGGAUGAGAAAGGAAGAGGCUGCCGGUGCGCGAGGUACGGCGUUGGACUCGACGGGGAUGGCUGCUCCUCCCAAGGAACUGUAUCACAACGGAUCAUUGGCAUUGUAGCUUCAGUGGACAUGUAUGCUGAAUAUCCCCUCAGUGGACAAGAUUGGAUUUUAGUGUAUACAAGCCCUCCUCUCAGCUGCUCAGGCAUAAACACCUUACUGCAAAUGUUCUUCGUAUCUCGCCUCCUCGUCGUGAUGGGUGGCUCCUAUAGCUUCGCCAUGCCAACCAUCUCCACGAGAACAUGGCAGGUUGUUGUGCUUCUGGAUGAGAGGGAUAGCCAUGAGGCAAGGAGCAGCAAGGUCUCAUUUUCUUCCCCAGUUUUUACUCCUCGAUUUAUGGUUUUUCUAAACACAUGUGUGCAGGUCUGAGAGAAAAGGAGAAGGGGAUGAAUCUUGAGGAAGUGCUUGGUGAAGAAAAAGAUGGUCUCUCUCUCUCUACAUAGUCAUGUUUAUUUGUUCUGCAGCAGGCUAUGUUAUUUUGGUGUGCCAGAUAGUAGUUAUUGCCAGAAGAUUACAUUCUUCAUGUGUUACAUAUGUCUUCUUCUUUAGAUAAUGUUCUUUAGUUUCUGGAUUUGGUGCAGGUUCACGAUGAUGUUUUUACACCCUAAUUGAUUAUAUUUUGUACAACAACUGGUUCUUUUAAUGGUAGUUCGUUACCUGUGUACUGUUCUUUUGUUUACAUACACAUUGAAUUUUUACAACACUAAACAAACUAUUUAAGUCCAGUUUCAUCUUUUUUUAUUGCUGCUAUUUCUCAUGGGAUAUCCAGGAAUUGAGAACACAUAUUUUGUAGAUGUUCCUGAUGGCAAUGUUGGUAAUUAAUGAUGAAAAAAGAAGGAAGUGAGAUUGGAUUUGUACUAGAACAACGCCUCCCCAAGAUCUGGACCGGAUGCCAUCGCGCGGCGUGAUUCCGGAUCGGGAGCAGAUUGCCGCCAUAUUUAUCUCUCUGUUUUCAGAGCCCCUCCAUAUUGCUAUCUCCCGCUUGAGUUUGCGUCACUGUUAUGCGUUGUCUCUCCGUUCACGCCUACUCUUGACAGGAGCAGCACAGGCUGCCACACAACACGCUUACUUGGGACGGACUGCAGGUGCCCUCUAAUAUGGGUAGUCAGGAGUUCAAUUUUUCUAUACAAUCUCUAGGAGUUUAAUUAGGUAGCCUCUAAUAUGGGCUCUCGUGAAGAAAAUAUGCCCUAGAGGCAAUAAUAAA